GUCAAAGCAACACAGAGACUACGGAACGGAGGAGUAGUGAUCGAGCUAACCACAUCACAAGCAGCCUCAUGGGCACGCGCUCCUGCAAACCGUCAAGCUAUAAUCGAAGCCUUAGGGAUCCAAGCGCAAAUCAAGAACAGAACAUUCCCCAUCAUAGUCCCAUUCCUACCAGUAACCGCACCAAUAGACAGCCACGACUGGAUCAGGGAAGUAGAGACGGAAAACGACAUGUCCCCAAACUCCAUCGAAUACGUAAAAUGGAUCAAACCCAAGGAACGAAGAGACACCAACCAACGGGUGGCACAU